AUGGCCUCACAUCCAUGGGUGGUUGCAGGUUUUUCUUGGCUCCGGCCAGCUGGGGUACCUGUGAAUCAGCGAGAUUCGCCUUCAGCCAUGGGAAUCGGCGCAGUGGAGCGCUGUUUAGAGAACUUCUUCGAAAAGAUUGGCAAAGUGGUGGGAACGCACCCAAUCAAAACGCUGAUCGGCAGCGUGCUUUUCACCAUCGUUUGCGGUGGUGGUUUUGCCUUUCUGAGCACUGAGACGCGGCCGGAGAAGCAGUGGGUGCCAGCAGGCUCUCUGGCACUGGACCAUGAUGCAUAUGUGAAGGCCACAUGGCCCGGCAACGCGCGCUUCAACUUUUUCUCAGCCACCUGCGCAGAUGUGGACGUGGGAAGUUGCGACAUCAUGGAUCCAAAGUACAUCCAGCGCUUUCAUGAGAUCAAUGAGAAAGUGAAAGCCAUCACCAUUGAUGGUACGAAGAUUGUGGCUGACCUGGACAAGGACCACAAGAGAUCCGAAGGAGACAACCGACCCUGGAGCAUCUAUGAGGGCAACUGGAGCUUUAGCGGCACACCCCAGAGUGUCAAUGGCGCAGUGGAGUUUGAGGGUCGCUUGUGCUUCACCUUUGGUCCCUUCUGUGCCAAGUCUAGCGUCCUGGAUGUGUUUAGGGAGGAUGACUAUAUCCUGACCAACUUGGACGCUAGUUCUGUGAAGUUGGCCAUCAACAACUGGGAGAAACAAGAGACAAUGUGUCCUUUGACUUUGGCUGCUAGCGAUUCCCCUUGCUUCAACAGCAACUGCCAAAGUUACACCACACAGAGUGAACGACAGGCGUGCCGCGACCUGGCUACCACCUACUGCGCCUCUAAGUGCCCCACCACCACCGAGAUCAUCGGCGGCCGGGAGGUCACGAGACCACUGGACAUGGCCACCUGCCAGGACCGUGGAUGUAUCCAGCUGGGUGCCCUUGGCAACACUGGCAGCAGCACGACCACCACACCAUCGGGCAUGCUGAACACGGAUCCUGGGGAUGCACCUGAGAGUGCCUUCGAAUUCCAACCCACCAAGAUCAAGACCAUGGUGGGUGGAUUGGCGUCUGACGCCACCUGGGAGUAUGCCAGUGGAAAGCACAUCGCAGGCUUUUGGGCCCUGAGCAAGAAGGAGCUUUACUGUCCCAAGGAAGGCGUCGUUGAUCCCGUGGCGGACGAAUGGGAACGCCAAGUGCUGUGCUUGAUGGGCAUCGACGCGGACCCCCGCGCAGAGCCAAAAUUGGAUUGCAAGGAGGAUGACCUGCUGAAGUUCUCCGGCCUUUUCCAGCGUUCUUUGGGCGAUGAGUUCGGAAACGCCAUCCGCGGAGAUAUCUCCAAGUUGACGGCCUCCUACGGCGUCAUCAUCGUCUACUGCGCUAUCAUGCUUGGCAAGUGCGACGCGGUGCACAGCGGAGCAGCGAUGGCCUUCGUGGCAGUGGCCAUCGUCGGAUUGACGAUCGUCUCCACGUUGGGUUUGAUGGGUUACUUCCAGGUGCCCAAUGGUAACUUGAACAACAACCUGUACUUCCUCCUGCUGGGUCUGGGCGUGGAUGACGCCUUUGUACUAACCUCUGAAUACUUGACGCACUCCAGAGAAGCCAAAACCAAGGGUGGUUCUUUGGACGUGCCUGAGCUCAUUGCCAAGACGGCACGCACUGGUGGCAUUUCUGUGCUGAUCACCUCCGCCACCGAUGCCUUGGCCUUCUUGGUGGGUGCCACCACAGUGCUGCCGGCGCUCAGCUGGUUCUGCACCUAUGCAGGCGUGUCGAUUUGCCUUUGCUACACCUUUCAGCUCACCGUGUUCCUGCCUUGCUUGGCCCUGAAUGCCCGCCGUACAGCCGCCAGCCGGGUGGAUUGCUGCUGCUGCUUCAAGGUGGCGGAGCGUAGCUUGGAUGAUCCGCAGGGCUGCUGUUGCUGCUGCCUGCCACAGAAGGUCUUCAAGGGUGGAGUGAUCAAGAAAGGUUUGAGGAAGUUCACUGAGCAAACCACGAAGCCCAUUGGGCAGGUGGUGACCUUUAUCCUUUUCGCCAUCAUCACCGGCGUUGGAAUCUUUGGCACGACUAAGAUCUACAAGGACUUCAAGCUCGAGUGGUUCAUUCCAGAUUCUUCCUAUGUGAACACCUUCUUCACGAUCAACAGUGAGAACUUUGCCACAGGCACGCCCAUCACGGUGAACUUCCCAGAAUCCAACGCCUUCAGCAUGCAGAGCAACCUCCAUGAGGUCUAUGACUACUUGAACAGCACUCAUUUGGUGAACAAGGAUGUAGCGGUGGAUAGCUGGUAUGAAGAGUUCAUGGAGUGGGCCACCGAGCCAACUCAGGCUGCCACGGCGGAUGACACCUUCACUCCUUCUCGCACGGCCACUGACGCUGUGUUUGGCGUCGAAACAGAGUUCUACACGGCUCUGCACUUGUGGUACCGCACCAAUGUGGGGUCGCGCUUCCGCAACUCUUUGAGCUGGAAAGACGAGGACUGCAACGUGAACGCCACUGUGGAUGCCCUCCCAACCGGCUGCACAGUGACCGACGGUCUGAAGGCCUCCCGCUUCAACGCGGAGCUGGCUCUGGAGGUAACCAAUCGAGGCACCGACCGCUAUGACACGAUGACAAGCAUGAGGAGCAAGGUUUCGGAACUCUAUGCUGGAGCUUUCCCGUACAGCUUCGACUUCCUCUACUGGGAAGAGGUGGGCAUCAUUGACGAAGAACUGAUCAAGAACCUGGCCAUCUGCGGCGCGGUGAUCUUAGUGGUGAUCUUUGCGCUGGUGCCCAACCCGCGCAUUGCCAUUUGGGUGGUGCUCUGUGUGGUGUUGUCCAUCGUGAACACACUGGGCUAUAUGUAUUUCUGGGACGUGACGAUCAGUGGUGUGUCCACGAUCUAUGUGCUGAUUUGUGUUGGUCUUGCCGUUGACUACGCGGCGCACAUCGCUCACAUGUUCAAGGAGUCCACGGGCACGGCCCGGGAACGGGCCAUCAACGCGGUAGACCGCAUCGGGGUGUGCACCUUCAAUGCCGUCCUGUCCACCUUGCUGGCGGUGGUUGUGGUUGGCUUGUCUGAGAGCUACGUCUUCCGCAUCUUCUUCAAGGUGCUUUUCCUAGUGGUGGUCAUUGCUGGCGCGCACGGCUUGUGGUUGCUGCCGGCCAUCCUGUCCCUGGUGGGUGGAUCCAAACAAUCCUUGGAGAGUUAUAGCGCUGGUGAAGCGCCGGCCGCCGACAAGGCCUCUCGCAUCGCUGCGGAGGACGCGUAGGUGGCCAAGGAUGUUUUCAAAACUCAGGAAAUGCAGCUGUUCGGAACGAAGAACUGGUCGGCU